AUGGGAACCUUCACCUUCCAAUGGCCCUACAAUGCGACCGAGGUGUAUGUCACCGGCACCUUCGAUGACUGGGGGAAAACCGUCCAGCUCGACCGGGUAGGCGACGUUUUCCGGAAAGAAGUGUCGCUGCCUGCCACCACCGACAAGAUCCAAUACAAGUUUGUUGUCGACGGCACCUGGACUACAGACAGCCGUGUACGUGAAGAGACCGACGGCCAUAACAACGUCAACAACGUGCUUCUACCCAACGAGAUCACUCCCGAACCCACCAUCAUGUCCGGUGUCACCCCGGAUUCCACCACCGCCGCCCUGGCGGCCGCCGUUCCCAAGGAGGAGCCGAAUGGCAGCUUGCCGGGCACCUUCCCCGACACCCCGGGGCAGGAGUCGGAGCAAAUGCUGUCCGUGAAUCCCAUUCCGGCCUCCGCCGGCAUCGGCAAUCCCGUCAAGCUGAACCCUGGCGAAAAGGUUCCCGACCCUGCCUUGACCCAUGGCAACACCGUCCAGUCGACCGUCAAGCUCGACAAGGAGUCCUAUGAAAAGGGCGACAGCGUGCCCCUGGCCAGCGCGGGCUCCCAGAACCACGCCACCGAUACGGCUGGGUCGAGCGCCUUCGCCGUGCCCCCCGUGUCGAAGAACACCAUCCCCGAGUCCAGUCUGCCGAUGGGUGGAGGGCCCGCUCAGCGCGCCGCAACCACCGAUGCGGCCGAUCCUGGUUACACCAUCCAGUCGGCUGCGCCAACCUCCACCACGGCGGCGUUGGCGGCCAACGUCCCUCUGGAGAAGACGACCAACGGCGAUCCUGCUCCCGCCAGCGAAGUCCCGCAGAUAGUGAAGGACUCGCUCGCCGAAGCCCACAAGGACCCCGAGGCGGCUGCCAACAAGCACGCCGUAGAAGAGAAAAAGGACGUGGAGCGGGAGCUACAUAAGAAAGUGAGCGUGGAGGAAUCAGCCGGCACUCCGGCGCCCACCGUCUCCGCAACCACCCAGCCCACUGCGCCAGGCCUCGCAGCGGUGGCAGCCAUGGGAGUAGACUCCACCGAUGUGUCUCCGAACACGACUCCACCCCCCGGCCGGGCGGCUGCGGCACCGACCUCCGCCCCCGGCGUUGAUACCAAGGCCCCUGUGUCGGGCGUGGGCCAGGAGCAGAUCCAGGCUCCGUCUGGUCCCACCGUGACCACGGGCGUUGCCUCCGCGCCGACGACAGAGACCACCACGCCCAAGAAGACCCAGGCUCCGGCGCAGCAAUCGGCUACCACUGAAGACACGGCUGCCGUCUCCACCGAUGCCAAGGAAGAGAAGAAGAAGAAGCGCCUGAGCGGGUUCUUCAGCAAGAUCAAGGAAAAGCUGAAAUAG